UACUUGCAGAUCUAAUCAGUCCUCUGAAGAAUUUAUACUUAAUAGUAGCAACUACAAAACUUGUAAUAGAUGUAGAUUCACAAGAACUAAAAAAAAAGAGUAAAUCAGUUAGUAGCUUCAAUAUUGAAAAUAAUUUCAUUGAAAUAAUUUCUAUACAAGAAGUUAGUAGCUCUAAUAUUGAAAAUAAUUUUAUCGAAAUAAUUCCUAUACAAAAAGUUAGUCAAUAUAUUAUAGAUACAAUUAAUGAUUUAGAAGAUUAUACUGAACUUUCUCUUGUCUUUUGUAUUCGGCUUAAUGAAGCCAUAAUAAGUGAUACUAAUAUAAAUAUUAAAGCUAUAGUGAAAUUAAUAAUUAAUAAAAUAGAAGAAGAAGAUA